AAAUGGAGAAAACACUCCCCAAAACUUUAGACGACUUCCAUACCAAGGAGUACUGGAAUGAGUUCUACAAGCAAUCAGACAUCAUCAAGCAGAAAGGAUUUGAAUGGUAUGCCAAUUACGAUGAUGUGAAGGACCAGCUAGAUAGUAACUUUAAAACUAUCAACACUGGGAUCACCAAGGCUGAAGCACAUGUUCUCGUGCCUGGCUGUGGUGACUCCAAACUUAGUCAUCAGAUGCGCCUCGAUGGGUACGGCAAGGUCACAAGCAUAGACUUUGAAGAAGAAAUCAUUGAGAAAAUGAAGAUCGAAGUCGGCGUCCCUGGAGUAGAAGAUUACAUUACAAUGGAUGUCAAAGACAUGAAAGGAAUCGAAGAUGCUUCUAUUGAUGUCUCUUUGGAUAAAGGAACACUUGAUGCUCUUUAUACUGGUAUCGAUGAAGAAAAUGAAGCUGCUAUUGCUAAAUACUUUACUGAAUUAAUGAGAGUUACAAAGCCCAAUAACGGCCAAAUAGUGUUUAUUAGUCUGCUUCAGAGCCAUAUUCUGGAAAAAUUGAUAUCAUUCUUCCUGAAAAAUGAAGAUCAUGCUAAUAGAUAUCAUUGGAAAUCAAUCACUGAGCUAAAGUUUGAGGAAAUAUUUGUUCAAGGGAAUCCUACUGACUCCAAAGCAGAAGAAUCAGUCCAUAGAGUUGCCUACCUCAUAACUGUGAAGAGAAGUGAAUUUGACCCCAAGAAUCAGAAGAUGAGAGCAUUCAAAGAGAAUUUCGAGACUAUGAUUAACCUUAAUGGAAAUCUUGCCCCCAUUGAUAAAGCCAAGUCUGAAAUCAUGGUCACUCAGAUGGUCAACCUUCAGCAUGGACAUAUCAAGAAACUCAGCAAGGGAAGAAUCCUUGAGAUCCAUCUUGAGUCUGCUACUGAGACUACAGAUGCAGAAAAAUCAAGAUUCAAGCUGUGAAUCGUUGACAGUGAGGAUGAAGAUAUCCUUCAGAAAAAUACUUGUGCGAUCCUCAUAGUCCCACAAGGUAAAGAGACUUACCCAGUCUACUCCACAGAGUCAGGCUACAAGCGUCUCAAUGCGAGUGUGGCCCACUCUAGGCUAAUCGUGGUCCAUCUCAACAGUGGGCAAAGCUUUGAUAGCUUCGAAGCUGUGAAGAAAGAGCUUGAAGGAUCCAUCAUAAGAUUCGCCCAACAAGGAUACACUAAUGAGAUCCCUUAUAUCUCCGAAGGAGCAGACAUUGGUAAAAGAAUGAUGAUAGGCAAGAAGUAUCACAUCAUCAGAGAGGAAGACAAGUUCGAUGAUGAAGAGAUCGACACCUACGAGCACGUAGAUGAGUAUGUAAUCGAAGAUCUCCGUGCAGGAGAGGACGAAGAAGACAGGCAUAUCUUAAGAGCUGUAAAAUUUAAAACUAAACUUGGUGAAGUUCAAAGUGACAUUAUAAUCAAAAGGAAAAGAAACAGAGGUAAAAAAGAGCAUCUAUCUUCCUUCACCAAGGUCAGAUCUCCUCUCUGGAAGACAGACGAAGACGAGUUUCUUUAUAUAGAUCAUAAUCACCUUAAUAGUGAGUAUCUUGCAGCCAUGAUGGCAGGAUUGUGCACUUAUGCCCCAUCUUUUGAAGAUGAGAACAAUACUGAAAAGAAGUCUAACUUCUUAGUUCUCGGUACAGGUGCUGGUAUCUUGCCUAUGUUCAUCUACAAGACAAUGUCUCCAAUGAUAGGAAGACUCAAUACAGUCGAUAUUGAUGAAACCAUUGUCAAAAUAGGAGAAGAUUACUUUGGGUUCAAUACUGAUCUUGGAUCAAAUUUUAGAUCUCACAUUACCUCUGCUGAAGAAUACUUGGCUAAUGAAACUCUACCAGGCAAGACAAAUGUUCUCUUCGUUGAUAUCGGAAGUGGUGACACUGAAUUUAAAUACAUCCCACCUAAAUCAAUCCUUACUGAAGAUUUCUUUAAAGGAAUUCACAGAGCCCUGAAUGAAGAUCAGCAUGUAGUCCUCUUUAACACAUGUGCCUUCUCCAAGGCUGACAAGCAUGAGAUUCAUAAAUUCAUGACAUCUCAGUUCAAGCAUGUCUCCUACAUGAACUGCAGUGAAAGCUCAAAUAGGGUCUAUGCCAUGUCGAACUCACAUGCUCCUGAUCUUACCAAGACCCAUGAGAAGACGGUAAAAUAUUUCGUUAAGACAUUCUGUGACUCUAAGAACGCCGAUGGUCAUGACUGGGCAUCUAAAAUGGAUAUGAGCAAUCUCCUAAGUGAAAUGAAGGUUGACCAAGGCAACAAAGUUGAAGUAAAGAUCGAACAUGCGGAAAAGACUGAACCGGCUAAGAAGAAGAAGCCAAGAAAAAAGUAA